AUGUACACAUUUGCCAAAGGAGAUACUGCCGUUAAAUUAAAAUACGUCGUCCUUACUGUCAGGUUGAUCAGUCGUGUUAACGAUUCUUUCCGUAUCCGUUCUGCCUCCAGGAUAUCCUCUUCUCGCUCCACUAUCUUCAGCAAGGCGCUUACCGCCUUCUCACCUGAGAUAUUUGUGUACAUGGAUUGUACAUCGAAACUCACCAACAGUUCCGACUCCGCUAACCCAAUGUUCUGGAUCCUUUGA